CCACUAAUUAUGAAAAACAUUUUACAAUGUAAUUUUGGAAAGAUUCGGUUUCUCUUAAGAAAAUUCACAUAUAUAAUUAAUAUAGGUAAGGUGUGAAGAGGCUGAAAACGUUAGGUGUCUAUUAAUUUACCAUUUUUCACGGAGUUAAAACUAAGUAUCACUGUCAACAAAACACCAAAGCAAUUUAACGUAAGGUAUUUUAUUUAAUUAUUUUAAAGAUAAUCGUCUUACAAAGUAUGUUAUUGCACUGUUACUUAAAUUCCUUAAUUCUGUUUAUUUUCUGUCUACAAAUUAAGUACUAUACUUAUUUUAUAUCGGUAUACCCAUACCAUCAUAUGCACCGGACAUUUCCGUAUCUCGCAAUGUUAUUAUAUUUGGAUUAUGUAAAGAUAAGGAGUGCACUUCGUGAAUUGCCAUUGUGGUGUGUAACUGUGAUGACAGACACCACGGGCACAUUUCGUAAAUUUUAAAUAUUACUUACUGUACUUAUAUUAAUUUUACUUUUUCCUACAUAUUAAAUAUUGUGAGAUCGCCAUUCACAGAGAGCCCGUCGAAACCUCACGCCUGCACAGAUACACUUGAUUUGUGAUAAUUUAGAAUUGCCUAAUUGUAUAUAAUAAAAAGAAUUAUAAAUAUAUUAUAUAAAAAUUAAUUAGAAGUUAUAGUUUUACCUAUUUAGCAACUGUAAUGACCUACUUAUGUACUUGUUUAGAUGCCUGUCAGAUUAUUAUAUUCGUUACAACCCAAAACAAAAAUAUUAAACAACGCUUAUAAUAUUUACUUACCUAUUUAUCACAAAUGGAAUAUAAUAUAAUGUAUGUAUCUUUUUAUACAUUUCAUAUUAUUUUAUAUAAAUUUAAGUAGGUAUAAGUAUCUGCCAAACCGUGAAUAACAGAAUUGUUUUAUGCAACACUGCCAUAUUGUAGAUAGAUUAAUGUUAAUGAAUUUAAGAAUUCUUAAACAAUAAAAAUAACUUAAAAAGUUAAA